AUGCUGCGUAAGCAAGCAAAUUUCCAUAAAGCUGUAAAUUUUCAAACUUCAACGACGAACGCAAAUCAAUCAAGAAACACGGCAAUCUUCGAGGAUGAUUCACCAAAGAACGAUACAAUUGAUAAAGAAAACAUUGUAAGAUAUAAAAUUCCAAUGUCAUAUGUUGUAUCUGGACUCCAGAAUCUCUGUUCGGAGGCGAGAUGUGUUCAACAGUUAGAACUUGCUCAAAGAUCAUGUAAAAUUGACGAGUUCUGUCAAAAUCUAUUGAGUAAAGGGAGAAAGUCACCUCAGGAUAGUACGGUAAGUCGGUCUUUUUCCAUGUCUUACUAAAUUGUAUAAAUGUUUUGAUUAUCUAUGAGUAUUGGUUUCUGGUUAUCCUAAAAUAUUUGGGUGUAGAAUUUCUAUGUUCCUCAGUGGCCAAUUAUUUUUCAAUAUUUUUGAGUUGUCACGUGUUUUUAUAACUGUCCAGGACCACAGGAAUAAAUGCUUUCUAUUUCAUUUAUAAUAUACUAGCUCGAGAAAACAUUUAAUAGCCAUUUUUAUAUCGACUGAUCUACAAAUUAUCAUUACCUGAGCAUAAAAUCUACCCGAUCGAUUGCCCGGUUUUACUUGUCAAUUUGAAAUUGCAUGUCAAGUUCUUGUAUAUUUGAAAUGAAAAUUCACUUUUUGUCUUGUGGUUCCUUAUUUUGGUUCCUUAAUCGGGCUUCGGUGGCGAAGUGGUUAGCGCACUUGCCCUCGACCUCUAAGGUCGCAGGUCUAAGUCUCAGUGAGAACUUUUCUAAUGCGUCUCGAACCCAGUCCUCUUCCGGAAAGAGCAAAUGGCCAACGCUCUGCCCAAAAGGAAAAAAUUCUUCCCAGACAUAUCCCAAAAAAGGUUCAAAAAAGUUUUUCCGGACAAAGGCACCAGUAAAAUUAAGGUUCAAAAAAAUUUUCCGGACAAAUACUUAUAAAUUCACUGCUAAAACACAUUUUUUCGGACCAAGAUCAGUAAAAUUAAGGUUUAAAAUAUUUCUCUCAUACCAUUACUUAUGUAGAAAACGUUCCAAAUAUUGUUUUUUUAAUUACAUCUUUUGGGGCCCCCCUUUUGCAAAUUUUGGCGCCCCCUUUAACUGGGGGCCCGGGGCAAAUUAUCCCGUUUGCCUCCACUCUGGGCGAUCUUGUAAAUUUGUUAUUGUUUACUAAAGUCAAAUAGCGAGAAGAAAAAUUUUUUCAUACAGUUAUAGAAAUUGCGAUUCUCGACCAAUCAACGCGGAUUUGUGAGUGAAAAGCGGAAGUAAAGGUUCGCCAUCCGAUUGCGGGUUAAUGAUAUUACUUCUAGAAUUAUUUAAGGCAGUGAGAAUUUCCAGGAACAUAAAGUUUAUUGUUUUUUUAAUAAUAUUUAUAUUUUAUUAUAUAUAUAUCUCGAUCGUGAGUAUUGGGAUAAAAGCAAUUGGGAAUGGCAAUUCUUGCGACUUUUAGCGCUUUCACAAUAUCUAAUUAAGAAAGUUUGUUUUCAAUCCUUGGGUGAGCUUAAUCGAGCUUAAUACAAUUUUAAUGUUGCGCAGAAUGUUUAAGAAUGUUGAUUCUUCAUUACAAUUAUUAUACACUUUUUAAAGGUUUCUAAGCAUUCAUCAGCUAAACAGGUCUGGACGCCAAACUAUCGUCGAAUUACAGACAGAUGUUCAUUGUUUCAGGAGGAAAGUAUUAAGAGGGCAAGAAAACAAGGCGAGUUUAUCAAUUUUUACCUCGCAAUUUAA